AUGGACGCAGCGUCCGGGUUCAGAAUGAGGGGGGAGGGCGGGGCCAAGGUGCUGAACGCCAGCCUCCUGGAGGGGGAGGUGCUGUCCCUGGAGGACACUGGGGGCCCGGGGCCCUCCCUCCUGGCCAACGAGUCGGUGCUGAUGCGGGGCCUGGUGGUGCGCAGCCACAGCAACCAGAUCUCCAUCAGUUUCCGUAGCGACCGCGGCCAGGCACGCUCCGGCUUCGUCAUCCUGCGCUACCAAGCCUUCGUGCUGAGCUGUGCGUUCCCCCGGCGGCCUGCGGGGGGCGAUGUCUCAGUGUCCCGUCUGCAGGCCGGCGGAGAGGCCUUCUUCGUCUGCUCCAGCGGCUACCGGCUGCAGGGGCCGGAGGUCCUGACCUGCCGCAACGCCACCACGCCCUACUGGAGCGGCAAGGAGCCCACCUGCGUCGUGUCUUGCGGGGGGAUGAUGAAGAACGCGACCCACGGCCGCAUCGUGUCUCCUGGUUUCCCGGGCAACUACAGCAACAACCUGACGUGUCACUGGGUGCUGGAGGCCCCCGCGCACCAGCGGCUCCACGUGCACUUUGAGAAGGUGGCCCUGGCCGAGGACGACGACCGGCUGCUGAUAAAGAACGGGAACAACAUCGACUCCCCGCCGGUGUACGACUCCUACGAGGUGGAGUACCUCCCCAACGAGGGCGUCCUGAGCACGGGGCGACACCUCUUUGUGGAGUUCACCACCGACGGCACGCUCACCUCCACCGGGGCGGCCAUCAGAUACGAAGCGUUCGCUAAGGGCACGUGCUACGAGCCCUUCGUGAAGUACGGUAACUUCAGCAGCAGCGACUCUGGCUACGGCGUGGGGGCGGUGGUGGAGUUCUCCUGUAACCCGGGCUACACCCUGGAGCAGGGCUCCGUGGUCAUCGAGUGCGUGGACGCCCAGAACCCCCAGUGGAACGACACCGAGCCCGCCUGCCGAGCCGUGUGCAGCGGGGAGAUGACCGACUCGGCCGGGGUGGUGCUGUCCCCCAACUGGCCCGAGGUCUACGACAAGGGGCAGGACUGCAUUUGGGGGGUCCACGUCGAAGAGGACAAGAGGAUCAUGCUUGACGUCCAAGUACUGAACCUGGGGAAGAACGACCUCUUGACCUUCUACGACGGGGACGACCUGACGGCGAACAUCCUGGGUCAGUACGGCGGCUCGCGGCCGCACUUCAAGCUGUUCACGUCCAUGUCCGACGUCACCGUGCAGUUCCAGUCCGACCCGGCCACCAACAUCUACGGCUACAACAACGGCUUCGUGGUGCACUUCUUUGAGGUGGCCCGUAACGACACCUGCUCGGAGCUGCCGGAGAUCAGCAACGGCUGGAAGAGCACGUCCCACCCGGACCUGAUCCACGGCACGGUGGUCACCUACCAGUGCUACCCCGGGUUCGAGCUGGGGGGGGCCGAGAUCCUCAUGUGCCAGUGGGACCUCAGCUGGAGCGCGGACGUCCCCCGCUGCGAUCAGGUGCUGACGUGUCCGGACCCUGGGGCGGUGGAGCACGGCCGCCGCACGCUGUCGGCCCAGCGGCUCUCGGUGGGCUCCACCGUGCAGUACGCCUGUCAGAAGGGCUACCAGCUGGCCGGCGCCGCCGUGCUCACCUGCUGCCGCCGGGACGCCGCCAAGCCCAAGUGGAGCGACCGGCUGCCCAAGUGUGUCCCGGAGCGCUACGAGCCGUGCAGGAACCCCGGCGCCCCGUCCACUAGCGUGCAGAGCUCCGAGAAGGCCUUCUACCAAGCGGGGGAGUCGCUCACCUUCUCCUGCCACCCCGGCUACGAGCUGCAGGGGGAGCCCGCCAUCGCCUGCGUCCCGGGACACCCGUCCCAGUGGAACAGCACACCGCCCGCCUGCAAAGCUUCAACCAGCAAGUUUGUGAACGAGCGAAGGCUGGACGUGGCCAGCCCGGAGCUGGACAUGGAGGGCUCCAACGUGGCGCUGGUGGUGUUGGUCCCGGCCGUGGUAGUGCUGCUGGCCGUCCUGGCCGUCUACGUCUACUUCACCAAACUACAGGGGAAGUCGGUCCGAAUGCCGUCGUCGCUGCCGCCCUACGACAACAUGACCGAGGAGUCUGCGUUCGACAACCCCGUGUACGAGAGAGGCGUAAGUACGGCGGGGCUGAACCUGCAGGACGUGGGCUCACACGACACCAGCGUGCUGUCCUGAAGCCCGGCGUCAUCUCAUGUCUCACCAGCAGAGGGCGCCACUUAGCGGUCCAUCAGCUGUUUACUUCACCAAUGACAACAUGAAUUUGUGGAUCUGCAUGUGUCGGUCCCAAUUCAUAUUGUGAACAUUUUAUUUUUGUUAUUUAUUUGUAUUUAUUCAUUCAUACCGUCAUUUAUGUUGACAUCUUCACUAACAUUUCAUUAUUUAUUUAUUUAUUUAUUUUCAUUUUUAUCUAUUUUCAUUUGUAUUAUUGUUCAUGUCACGUCCAUGCUGUGUUGCACUCCACCAUUCAUGUGUUCAUGUAUUCCUGUUGUUAGUUUAUUUGUAUCAUCCAUCUUGUUUGUGUUGUCAUCAUCAUCUACCACGAUCAAAGAUGUCUUCAUGACCGCAUGAAUGCAGAUGUACUACACUGGUAUUUAUUCAUCUUUAAAGUUCAACCUUUUCUAAUGAAACAAACAGUGAAGCUUAAUGCUUUUGUAUAAUAUAUUUGAUAUCUUAAUUUUGUAAAGUGAAAUAU